GGAAAUAGAACAGGACGUAGCACGUAGCACAUGCAUAUUGGCACGGGGCACGGGUACUACGUACUACAACAUACACUCGGGUGCGAAACAAGUCAGUCGCUACCUCUGGCUACCGCCGAAAAAGACCGCACGGCUGCGCCUGCUGCGCUACUGCGCCCGCGCGCGCUUCUCGUGACGUAACGUGACGUCAGAGAUCGCUUGCGGCUCGAUUUGUUCGCCACCGUGGCUAUUUAGUUGACGUAAGCAACGUGAGCAAUCGCGAAAGAUCCGUGAUCCUGUGAAGCAGUGUGAAGUUUUGCCUGUUUGGCGGUGUUGCUGUCCCAGCUCGUGGGCUUCUACGCGCGCUUCGUUAUUGCUGUUGCUUACAAGGCGCGUAAUCAUCCACCUUAGAGCCUGUCCCUGCUUGCACGAACGUGGGCAGGACAAUGAACGUCUACGUUCUUCUGAGCCUAGCCAUUGUGUUCUUGACAACAUUCGUCGAGAACGCUCUUGCCACAACAUGCACCAGAGAAGUUUUUGACAUAACCCAGUACUUCACUUGCCCGGGACCUGUGGACAGACCAACAGAGCGAUAUUGCUGUGGCACCAAGAAGUUCCGAUACUGCUGUGAUCUAAACAACUACUCAGAUGCCAUUUACAAGCACGGCUACAAAAACAAAGACCGAAACAAGUUAUUUAACGGUGUUCAUUCCCCCAAACGGAUUAUCAGCAAGUCUGUGGGAGCAAUCAUCGGUGUGAUCAUAGUGAUCAUCAUAGCCGUAGUGGUGGUUGUCAUUGUUUCCUGCUUCUGCUGUAGCUGCUGUCUCCUGGCCAGGCGGAGACAGCAGAGGGGCCGAGUCCUUGUAGGAGGUGGCCAGACGGGAGGUACAGCAGCCACAGCAGCACAGCCCAUGGUGCCUCCUACGAUGACCCCGUACCCUCAGCAGCCGUACCCUCAACAGCCAUAUCCUCAGCAGCCGCCAGCCGGCUACCCAGUGCAGCCGGCACCGAUGGUACCUGCCAUGCCUGCUCCCGGGUUUGGCUACUACGCGUCGCCAUAUGGAAAUCCGCCUCCAUACACGGACAAUGUGAUGCCCGUGCAGCAGCCAGCGCCGAUGCAGCAACCUCCGUUCAACCCUAGCUACCCGGCAAAGUGAAGGCACAGAGUGCAUGCGUGCAGUGUAAAGUGUGACAUCCCGAACCAUGGACUGGCGUCAAGGUUGGUUCUGGGGCAGGUGGCCAGCGUUAGUAGUGAUCACAUUCGAGCUAUGUUUGACACUGUUGUAGGUUUGUCACGUUGUCUUGAUUUACAAAGGAGUGUGCGGGCACAUGAUUUGUCUUUCCUCGUAAUGUAUGCCGAGUAUUAUUGGACUGUAUCUGAACAAGUAGUGGCAGAAGUUACUCAAAAGAAGCUGCCAUACUCUGUAACUACAACCUGACACACACAGUGAUUCACAGAGAGAACUGUUGCAAAAAUCGUGGGAGCAGUUAUUGCACUUCUUAACGUGUAUUUGUGGGAUGUUGGCUGAACUCCGUCAUCAGUUCAUAAUGCUGGGAAUGUGCAUGUGUUGGAUGUUAAUUAAAUGUUUAUGGAAACAAUACCCAGGGAAGGCCCUUGUCGUGGAAUUUGUAGCAUUGACAGCACAGUACUUUCCACAGUAUUGUUGUAUCAUUUACGUAUCAUGGUGCCAGAUAUCUAUGAUGGUGACACCGCAAACAUGAUAAAAUGUCUGCAGACAUUGCAGAAAAUGCAUGUUAAGAUACAUAACAGAUUGCAGUGCUGUAUAGUUACUGUGCACAUUCUGCGAUCAAUGUGGCAUUGUCCUUAAUUUUAUUAGUCUAGCUAUUGGACGUAUACACACAUGGAGACUGUUGGAACUUUUUGGUCUUGAAGGUCAGAACCUUACUCAUUUUUACUUUUCAGACAUAUUGUGAUGUUUUUAGUGAAGGCUGUACAAGCUGCAACUUGAUAGUUUGCUUUUCUCUAUUCCAGUGGCAUUAUGGAGCUUACUUUGUCGGCUUUACAGCACAGUGAAAUGCUCAGUGGGAGUUCUGAGUGCUGCAGUUUGCCUUGUCGCAGCACACCACUUAAAUCUUCCCAAUUUUGCUUUGUCACAGUCACUUCGUUACUGUCUGCUCACGUUUUCUCAGUGCAUAGUUUUGAAUAUAGCAUUGAAGAGUGAGCAAGGAACAGAUAAAACAGCAAAUGACACUUGCAAACUCUUGCAAACUCUUGCAAACUUGGCAAAACAGAGGAGCAGUAGAUGAAGACUUGUGAAAACUAAGAUGAAGGCAGGUUUGGAGCUUCAGCAUGGUGCCAGUGCUUUGACAAGGGGAGAUCUUUCUAUCGCAGCCAUUCUAUAUGAAGACAAGUAUGCUUGCCGAAGCAUUGGCAAAGAACUGAGUGCAUCCAUGCUCGUAAAGGCCACCUACAGGCCUUAACCUCCCCUGGGGUCUGUAAAAAUUUGUUUGCAUUAGUCAAAUGUAUUCAAAGUGAUCUUUGUGUUCUUGUUUCGAAGAAGCUGCCUUUGCAUUCCAGAUGUCUACUGCCAAAAUUUCACCAGAGUCCUUUCUUGGAAACCUUCUUUGUUAAGGGUUUGUCAAUCUAUUGAGCUUAGGUUGGGAAGAAGUGAUUGUAUGAAAAGAGGUAAUGAUGGCUUCAAGAAACCCACCGUUGAUGGUUGGGAUUUUUGUUGCAUAAUCCAUUCCAGCAGAAUAUGCAUGGACAUGGCAAAUUAGCAGUGUGAGGGAUCAUGCAACCUAAAAGCAGCCAGUUAGAGGAUAUAAUUUCAAGCUAUAGGCCAAGGAUUGCAUGCAGUGCAAGAAGUCUCUUAGUGCAACACAGGGCUAACAAGUCUCUGUGCACUUGUUGCACUUGCUCCCACAUGUUUUUAGUUGAAUUUACCCCCAACUUAAAACAGGAUGCAGUGAGUUGAGAGCACAGCAAGUUCUGCAGCCAAUCUUUUAUCCAUUGUAUUCCUGUCGCAUUGCACUCAAAUGUAUGCAAAGUGCUUUUUAGUUUCACAUAAGUUUUCUCCACACAGGUGCAAGGCAGUAUGCCCUCUUCAAACUUGGCAGUAUGCAGCAUGCCCUCUUCAAGCCACUUUGUGUGUGUGUGUGGGCGGGGAGAGACCAUACAAUCAUUGUGAAACUUCAUUGCUAUGGUGGCUUGUGUUUGUGGCUGUGUUUCUUGCCAAGUUUAUUUUCGUGCCACAGAACUGUAAAAUACUCUAUAGGGUAGGGUUAAUUUUGUUGACCAUUUGCAGGGACCCACCGUGUUGUGCCCAUAUUCUAAUUGUUAAGUGCAGUGAGCCAGAACAGAUGUGAUUGCCUGAUGUGAUUCUUAUGUGACGCCCCUGGUGGCUACAGCUAAAGCUUGAGUUUGGGAAAUGUUUUUGUAAUCUAAAUGCAGUGACUGAAUGUACCAUAUGCACCUGAGCAAAGCAAGGACUGUGACUGCACACACAUAUUGUUGGCCUGCGGCACUCAGCUGCCUUUGAUGCAAAAGUUAAUGACUUGAAGAACUUCUGCUGUCGUUCAGUAGUUUGUUUAUGUACAGUUUAUUUAUGGGUUUGCAGCCUAGUUUUGUUUUGAGUGACUUGCAAACAUAAUCCCCAUGCUGUAGACGUAACCGGUCCGUUCACACAUUUGCAGCCUGUGAAGUGUGCACAAACUGUGCUUCACUACAGGCACCUGAAUACUGCAGUAAAUCCUUGUGGUUCAGCUCAUUUCCUUUUUUAUGUUCCGACAAGCACAAAUGGCUGCUGUUAAAUUUACAUCAUGAUGGUGCUGUUGUCUUGCUUUUCGUGUGUCCAACAUUGUUGUGCAAGCUUACUUAUACGUUAGCUAUGACAGGUUCUAUCUUUUAAUCAGGAAAAUAAUAAUGGUGCCUCGUGUUUAGCAUAAUGACCACAUGUGCCAAAUUACAAAUAAAAAAAUAUCUGGCUCUUGUGUGAUGUCCAAAGAACGAGUUGGUCUGGCUUAAUCUUGAUCUUGUUAGUCAAAUACCUUUACUUGUUUCAUUUCUGUGUUGGCACUUUCUGAGCUGUCAAUUCGUUCAGUGGCUGGAGUGAUGCUGCAUUCCAGGCUGCUUGGUAAAGAAGUACUAAUUUCUGGCUUUUUAGAAAUGGAAAUACUCUUUGGAUUGUCUUUAGUCCAAGAUAUUUAAGGAACCGAAGUAAUAUAUGCGCCAAAAUCCAGUAGCUGCAUAUCUGGCUUGUCUUAUUGUAUUGCCGAAUGCACUGCAAUAAGUUGCCUGCUUCGUGAAUCUUGGGUUUCCAUCCAGUAGCACCGCCUGAUUUUUAUGUUGUUGUAUUAAGAGAGCAUUUUGAAUCUUUCAGUCUCAUAAGAAUGUACUGGGGUGAUGUUGGCCCUAAAGUACUGUUGGAUUGUUUUUCUCAUGUUGACACACAUUGUGGCAGCACACAAACAUGGAAACUGCAUCUGGGCACCCCUGGUGUUUGGUUAAAAAUGUUGAAGAGGAUUGGUACUUUGCACCUAAUACAUGUAAUGCUUCCCUUUUUUCUUUACUUGUUUGUUUGCAUAAAAGAUUGGAUUGCUGUUUUUUCCACAAGCCAUUUAGCAUCCUUCCAAGGCUAGGUCACCAAAGGACAAUGAACUCUGUUUCGUGCAACAACAUACGUUUAUCUUUUGUUGUUUGUGAUCUGUUUGCAAGGCGAUCUAUGCUUGUAAAGAGAAGUGAACUGCUUCUUGUUCUCUUACUGUGACCGGUUACUAUUUUGAUGUGCUUACCUUUAAGGUAAGAUUGUUGCAUAUUGUGAAAUGAGCAAUGUUUCUGUUCUUGCGCAUGGUCACUUACCUUCUUGCUCGGCUGACUGGUCAGCCCAGCAUAAUGACUUUAAAAAUUUUUACACCCUUUAGGGUUUAUCUUGUUGCACAGCAAUAAUUGCCAUCAAUCCUGCGUGCAAUUCGUUUAUUUAAUGCUCUGCAUCUGAUACUUUACUGUUGUGAACACUAUGGCACUCUGAGAUAGACAUUGCAUUGCUGAUGAGAAAGUUCCUGUGCAGUAUUGAAGGACACAUAUGCAUGUAGCAUUGAUGAGGAUCGUUGUUGUAGAACGGGACAAACCUAAAUGGUGUAAAGUUUUUAAUGUUAGCCAUUUAUCUUCUAUUUUGUGUUAAUAGUUUAUGCUGUUUUCUCCCUUCCUCCAUCUUCCCAAGGUCUUUAAUUGCCUUUUGCUAGUCAUAUAAUUCUGACAAUUGCAGCAAACAUUUUUGUUUCUUAAGCCCGCUUCCUUAUCUGAAAGUGAUUCGUAAUUUCAUGAUCUGGAUGUUUUUCUUCAUGUGGUUUGUACAGCUACAGCCCGCUUCCGAUUUCAGUUUUCUGCUCUCUGUAUCGGAAGUAGGAGAGUUGAAAGCACUGUAACAAGAACAAAUAACACACGUGCCAUUUAAUUAUACACAAACCACUAGACGAGGUUUAGAACUUCUAUCAGCCGUGUUCACAUCUACCUUUGUCAGUUAAGUGACUGCAUGGUCUGUUCACUUUUAAAAAGUUUGUGUUCAGAAUGCCAAUUUGUCACAUUAUUGGUGGUUUUUGCUCCAAUAAAAUGUGUACAAGAAAUUUUCA